UCCCCAAAAUUAAACCUCUUGAUUUAUACUCCUUUUGUGCAAAAUCUUUGCAUCAUCAUCAUUGCCAUGGCUCAUUACACAAAUCAUUUAAUGCUACUGUUUCUAGCCACCAUCAGCUUUUUUUCAUCUACUUUUUCUAAAGAUGCUUCCUCUAUCAAUGUGCUUAGCUUUGGGGCUAAACCCAACGGCAAGUUCGACUCUACCACGUCCUUUCUUAAGGCAUGGUCUAAUGCAUGCAAAUCAAAAGAAUCAGCCACAUUUUACGUACCCAAAGGAAAUUUCUUGAUAAAACAAGUGACAUUUGAGGGUCCUUGCUCGAACAAUAUCAAAUUUCGAAUUGAUGGCACUAUUGUUGCUCCUUCAGAUUAUAGGUCCCUUGGUAAUUCCGGAAUGUGGAUCAUGUUCAGGAAUCUUAAUGGGUUUUCAGUACAAGGUGGGACUUUUGAUGGAAAGGGUGAUAGCUAUUGGCGUUGUAGAAAAUCUGGAUCGAGUUGUCCUGCUGGAGCAAGGUCCAUAACUUUCAGUUCGUGCAACGACUUGAAGGUUAGCGGAUUGACAUCAUUAAAUAGCCAGGCAAUGCACAUUGCGGUGGACCAUUGCAAGAACAUUUUGUUUAAAAAUGUGAAAAUCGAUGCUCCUAGUACGAGCCCUAAUACAGAUGGAUUCAAUGUGAUACUUUCAACGGGGGUUACUGUAAGCCAAGCCAUCAUAAGCACCGGUGAUGAUUGCAUAGCCUUAAGCCAAGGUAAUACCAAUGUCUGGAUUGAGCACAUCACUUGUGGCCCCGGACAUGGCAUUAGCAUUGGGAGUUUGGGCGCCUAUAAGAAUGAGGCUGGAGUUCAUAACGUGACUGUGACUGAUUCAAUUUUUGAAGGAACACAAAAUGGGGUUAGGAUAAAAUCAUGGGCACAACCAAGCAAUGGAUACGCAAGUAACAUUGUGUUCAGGAACCUCACCAUGAAAAAUGCCAACAACCCUAUCAUUAUUGAUCAAAAUUAUUGCCCCGGUGACAAGAGUUGUCCUCAUCAGAAUUCUGGGGUGAAGAUAAGCAAAGUAUCAUAUGAACAUAUAAGAGGAACUUCAGCCUGCCCACAUGCAAUAAAUUUAGAUUGCAGCAAAAGCAACCCAUGUGAGGGUAUCAAACUCCAAGACAUAGACCUUGUUUAUGGUGAGGGAUCAACAACUUCAACCUGUAAUAAUGUUGGUGGGAUUAACAGCGGAGUAGUCAUACCAAAGAGUUGUCUUUGA